AUGGACAAGAUAUUCGAAUUGAUUAAUGGCGGUCCGGGAGGGUGUAAUUUUCCGAUGUUGCUCGUUCGACAGGCUUGCUGUUUGAUUGCAGAUGUGAUCAGCUUUCAACAAUGGGACAGUCAAAAGUUCCGAGAUCUCUUCACCGCCUCUGACAAACCAUAUUUCGAUGGUAGUCAUUUGAUCCUAUUCUGUGCGAUGGCCUGGAAUUGCGCUGUUUUCCACUACAUCCUAUCAUUUGGCUACUGUUCUUUGGAGAUACGGGGACAAUGGCGUGUAAUUCCGAGGGGCUAUAUCGUCAGGAAGUACCCCUUCGCAAAUUUUUCUGUUUAUUGUAUGACUUUCGGGUCUCUUGCGUUAACCUUUGGGCUACUUGGCCGGAUGAAAACGUUGCUCCGGAAACCAGAAAAUGCUGCCGGUGAUACUAGCGAACUUUGGGGAUGUAUUGAGGCAGAUAGUUUCGUAUCUUCAUGUAUUCUAUUUUAUCUAGUCAUGACGACAAUCUACGCAUUUGUUUCUUGUCUCAUUAAUGGACCUGCGAGAGCUUUUACGAAAGUGAAACUGCCCACAGAAACCCUUGAUGAGGAGAAAUCCUUCUCUGAAUGUGAAAUUUGCUAUCAAAGGGCGGCAAACUGUCGGAUCGACUGCGGGCACCAUAUCUGUUGCUGCUGUUUGAAGAGCAUGACAAAGGCAUAUUUCGUCGAAUUCAAAUGCCCAUUUUGUCGAGAGCAGAUUAACGGGGCUGUCAAAAUAAUUGGCAACAAAAAUCAAGCCCUCUCCGACCCAGAUGCCACCACAAAAUGCAAAUGCAGCCGCACCUACAAAUUCCCGAAAAAUUUCCCUGAGGAAGUUAUCGUC